AUGUGGCUUUCCUCCAUCUUGGCUGAUGACCUCAUCAAAAUAUGGCAUCGGCAGCAGGACAAAACCUUGGACUUUCGCCGAAAGUGGGACAAAGAUGAAUAUGAGAAGCUCGCAGAGAAGAGAUUCACAGAAGAGAGAGAAAAGAAGGAUGGAAAACCAGUGCAGCCCGUCAAGCGGGAGCUUCUUCAGCACAGAGACUACAAGGUGGACUUGGAGUCCAAGCUUGGGAAGACAAUUGUCAUUACCAAGACAACCCCACAGUCUGAAAUGGGAGGCUACUACCGCAAUGUCUGUGACUGUGUGGUGAAAGACUCCAUCAACUUCUUGGACCACAUUAAUGGAAAGAAACAUCAGCAAAACCUGGGUAUGUCUAUGCGUGUAGAACGCUCCACUCUGGAUCAGGUAAAGAAAUGUUUUGAGGUCAACAAGAAGAAGAUGGAAGAGAAGCAGAAAGAUUAUGAUUUUGAGGAAAGGAUGAAGGAACUCAGAGAAGAGGAGGAAAAGGCUAAAGCAUACAAGAAAGAGAAGCAGAAGGAGAAGAAAAGGAGGGCUGAGGAGGACUUGACGUUUGAGGAGGAUGACGAGAUGGCAGCUGUGAUGGGCUUCUCUGGCUUUGGCUCCGCCAAGAAGAGUUACUGA